UGUUUGUUUACGUUUGAGGUCUGCAUUAUGGCGUUUAAUGCUCGUAUGCAUGAACGUAAUAUAUAUAAAAAUCGUCCAAAUUUUGGUGAAAUUGCCUUGGAAUAUCCCGAAUUUCGAAAAUAUGCUGUGCCAGAUGAAAGGGGAAAAAUUCACGUGGAUUUUUCUGAUCCCGAUGCUCUGAGAUUAGUAACUAAACUUUUAUUAAAAAAAGAUUUUAAUCUUAAUGUUGAAAUUCCUUCUGGUUUUCUUAUACCAACAAUACCACAAAGACUUAAUUAUAUACUGUGGAUCGAAGACUUACUAGCUUUUCUACCUCUGAGAUGUACCGAAAUCAAAGGUGUUGACAUUGGAACUGGUCCAUGUGCAAUAUUCUCAUUAUUGGGUGCAAAGAAAAACAGCUGGAAAUUUUUUGCAACAGAAAGUUCAGAUGAAGCAAUAGCCUGGGCAAAUUCUAACAUUGAAGCUAAUAAUUUGCAAUCUUUCAUAAAAGUUAUAAAAGUCAGAAAAAACAGUAUAUUGGAUCAAGUUUUAACUGAAAAUGAUGACAUCUAUGAUUUCUGUCUCUGCAAUCCUCCCUUUUUUGAAGAUGUGAAUGAAAUCAGAAAGAAAAAUGCUCAUGUUAAAGAAACAGUUGCUAAAACAGCUAAAAAGGAUGAAAUUGUGGUAGAAGGAGGAGAAGUUGCUUUUGUACGCAAACUGAUUUCGGAUAGUCUUGUCUACAAAGACAGAAUAUGUUUAUACACCUCAAUGUUUGGUAAAAAGAAAAGUUUCUUGGCAAUACAAAAAGAAAUUAAACUCUUGAAAGAUGUAACAUUUACUACAACUGAAUUCUGUCAAGGGAAUACUAUUCGUUGGGGUAUUGCUUGGACUUUCCUGAAAUCCAUCGAGUUUGUAAAGGUUAAAAAGCCGAAACCCAAGCAGAAGCCUCCUUUGGUUUAUAAAAUACCGGAAACAAAUGAAAUGGUGUAUUCAGUGAAGAAAAUAUUUAACAAAAUAAAACAAAUUUUAAGUAAUUUAAAGAUUGAAUUAAAUGUUCUUCAUUAUUCAGAAAAAGUUGCUGUUCUAGAGAUGAAAUCAAAUACAAAUACUUGGUCACAUCAAAGAAGAAAAAGGAGGGAAAUGCUAAGACAGAAACAGUCAGAUGUGAGUGAACUUGAUGCAUCUUCUAAUUCUCCUCUUCUUCAUUCUAGUCCAGAUAUUUUGGUUUGUGAAACUUUCAGUGAAGUAAGAAAUGAACAAGAUGUUGAAAUACAUAAGAUCUCAAGUGAUUCUGCAAAUGUACCCUUUCCUGAUUCUUAUAGGAAAGAAUCUAAACAAAGAAAUCCGGAGUUAAAAAAUGAACUGGUUUCUAAAAAUAUUCCAAUACCUCUAGUAAAUCUGUCACGAAGUGAUUGUUUGGAAAGUACUGCUGUGACAAAUAAUGCUGACAUGGUGAAAAUAUUUAAUGAAAAUGGAAGUAUUCACACUGUAGAUGGCACCGAAAGCACUUCAUCUUCAAAUUUGGUACUGAAACUUGGUGAAAAUAGAAUUGCAGGUGAAAGUGGGAAUUAUAAUUCUAAAAAUAUAAUUAAUGAAACUGAUUGUACAGAAGCACUAAAUGCAUCACAAGGAUGUAAAAGAGAAAAUGAAUCUUUCAAUUCCUCAAAAAAAAUUAAAGCAGAUUUUGAUAGUGCUUCCGAGACUGAUUCUUCUGAAGUAUUAGCUAUAUCAAAAAGAUAUAAGAGAAAAAAUGAGUUUGAAUCUUCCACUUCUUCAAAAAAAAUAAAAACAGACUUUGACAAUGCUGCAGGUGUUGAAAGUAAAUUUUUGCUGUUUUGUUGUUUAAAAAUUAUAAAAACUAAAAAUAAUAUUAUAAUGGAAAUGAAUUGUCCAUCUAAUGCCAGUCGAGAAACAAUGCAUCAGGUAUUUCAGUUUGUCAAAAAUAAACUAGUCAGCAUUAAUUCUUUCUUGUAAGUCUGAGAUUUGUAAAAGAUAGUGUUUGGUUUUUAUCUCAGGUUUUAGAAUUAGUGCUAAAAAGAAUAUUUGUGAAUAAAUUUUAUUAUAACUGUUGUUAAUGAAAGUGCCAUUAUUUUAUCUUUAAUAACUGAAAGGUAAUAUUAUAAAGCUUGUUUAUCAGUCAUCUGUGUAUUAAAAAUAAUUAUGAAUUUUUGCAUGUAAAUUGGUGAUCUUAAAGCUAAAGAAGUGAUAUCAUCCUUUUACAAGCAUUAUUAAAAAUAACUAUAAUUUUUACUUGUAAAUUGGUGGUCUUGAAGCUAAAAUGUUACAUCCUUUUACUAUAAACAUUCUUUCUAAAGCUUGUAUCAGAAAAACAUAGUGCAAAAUCUAAGGCAUAUAUGCUGGUAUUGACAUUUCUUGACUUUUCUGUUAACAACAAAAUAUUUCAUUGAUUUAUUUACAUUUGAUUUGCACUUAAAUAAUUUAAUUAUCAUUAUACAGUACAUUACCCGGACUGUAAUUCGGACGUUCAUUAUCCGGAAUGAUCUAUAAUCCGGACCUCAAAGCCACAAACUUUACGCAGCACGUAGAAAAUGUGCAUACAUUAUGCAUGCGCGCAUUGAAAGAAAUGUCUAAUAAGUACAAUAAAUAUUAAGCUUUUUUUUUUUUUUUUUUUUUUGCUGUGG